CGCCAUUUUGUUGGCACGAUCCAGGUUCUAUCGGCGAAAAGUUCCGACAACAAAUCUAGAUCGUUGAAGUGCUUGCGUGACCAAAAUGGCACCGUUAAUAGAUGCUAUAGUGAAAGGAUUUUACUAUACUGUAGAUGUUCCGGUAACAUGGUUUAGAGAGAAAAUUGAAGGUCAACAAAACAAGAAUGUAUAUCCAUACUACCAUCAGCAAUAUAGACGUGUUCCGGACAUAGAUCAAUGUGAUGUUAAUGAUAUAUCAUGCAUGUAUGAAGCAGAAAUGCAAUUCAAGAGAGACAAGAGAGUUGAUGAGGAGAUUACCAAGAUCCUGAGAAAGCGUAUGGAAGACUGCUGGGUUAUUGAAGGUGAAAGUGCCAUCCAAAAUUGCAAAUCAGUAGUCGAUCAAUAUGACAGGGAAGCCACAAACUAUAAUACCAAAUAUGGCAACCUUGGCGGAUUUGGAUCAGCUCGAAGAUGCCUAAUGAAACAAAAAUAUCGCAUGAUUGAAGAAAGAAAUCUAGCAAAGCAGGAAGCAACAGUCCAGUAAAUGGUUUAGUUACUUCGAAAUGAAUUUGUUUUUCCCCUCUGAAAUACUGAGAAUAGCCAGUGGCAGAUAGUGUGUGUGAUGUAUAUUAAAUGAGUCUAAAGUAACUAGCAUACUACAUGUAUAGCUUACUUUGAGAAUAGCAUUGAUGAUUAUUAAUGCCUGCCAUAGUCAAUUGAACUCUCCAUGGUGGUAUAACUUGAAAUAUGCAGGAACCAUCAUCAUUGGAGAACAUCAACCCAGAGCUUUGUUUGCAUGAAUAUAUACAAUUUGGAAAGUUUGGUGAAUAAAAUCAAGUUGUAAAACAA